UCUACCUCUAUCUCCGUGCUUUCUUUAUCUCUCUCUUUAUCCUCCUCUCUUCUCCUUCUCCCCUCUAUCUCCGUGCUUUCUUUAUAUCUCUCUUUAUCCUCGCUCUCUUCUCCUUCUCCCCAUAUCUCGUUAAUAAUAUGACUUUUUGAUUAAUUAGGGUUUCAGAUUUUGGGUAAAUCAAAGAUUGAAUUAAAAAAUUGAUGAGAUUGAUUGCUGGUUGCACUGAUUGUUGAUUUUGAUUUUGUAGUUGCUUAGGCAGAGGAGGCAGAAAGAAAAUCAAGAAAGAGAGAUGGACCGACGAAAAUCAUUAUAGGAGGAAAAGAAGUCCGGAAACAGCGAUGAGCAAUUUAACAGAUGACCUCUGGUUUGAGAUUUUCCUCCGCCUUCCGGUGAAGGAUCUACUUGCAUCCAAGUGUGUUUGCAAAUCCUGGCUUUCCAACAUUUCGAGCCGCCGUUUCGUCACAGAUCAUCUCCGUCGCUCAAUCUCAAGUGGGGAGGAUGAUGAAACUCUCAUCGUUCAUCAUUUAGUAAAUCAACAACUACAAGGCUGGGGCCCUUUUGCACUCACCCACCUCACUUCUGGCGACGUUUUAGAACAACUCGACUGUCCUUACUCUGAAGGUCACUAUUCUUCUCGUUACUAUUCUUCUGGACCAACAUUAUGUAGAAUUUUGGGUUCUGAUUGUGGCAUUGUUUGUGCUCGUGUUGAGCGUGGAAGGAGAUAUGAUAUUUACCUUUGGAACCCAGCUACAAAACUCUCCAAACUCGUUCCCUCUCAAAUCGAAGGUCGCCUCUUAGAGGGGCAGAUUAUAGGCUUUGGUUUUGAUCAGAAAGAUUUUGAUUGUAAAGUUGUUGAAAUUGAAUCCUCCUCUACUUCGGUGUAUUCUUCAAACAGGAAUGCUUGGCGGAAGAUGUUUCCAAUUAAGCAAAAUCUGCCCAUUGAUGUUCCCUUUGUAGCGUUAGAAGUAUGCUUGCAUGGAUUUUUGCUGACAACGGGACAUAAAGGUAUGAUGGCUUUUGAUCUGAACAAGGAGGUGUUUAUUUAUAAUAUUAAGCUCCCUGUAGAUCCUGAAGACACUUGCGUUGCUGAAUAUUAUGAUUCAAUUGCUGUUAUGAUGUGCGAAAAAUCUGAAAAUAAGGUGAAAUUGUGGACAUUGGAUGAUGAAGCAUGCCUUAGUGGUGGUGGAGUAGAGGCAUCGUGGACUAUGAAGCUCAGUUUUGAUGUAGGUAAUCAGAAUUUUUAUCGUCCUCGGGGACUUUUCAACAGCGUUGAGUUCUUACUGGUUGAUUAUAACUUGAACCGGUUUCUUUAUAACCCCUACAAGCAAGCGCCAACAAAUCUUCGCCCUACUACCUCCUGGGCGGAGAUUUCCAACCAUACAAAGAGCCUUUUUCCAGUUGCAGGGUCCAAACCAGUCAAGUGGACUGCUUCACCUUGGAGGCAGCUUGAGUGGGACUACAAUGAGGAAACGGAUGAAGAAGGUAUCUCAACUGAUGAUGAUUAAAGUCAUGAUGAUUAGGGUGCAACAUCCAACUCAGGCUAAAGUGCGAGCGACAAGAAGAAGGUUUUGAUGUCGGA